AUGGAACCAACAAUUACAGUGCCAUGUCACAAGUUUUCGCCUGAGUUCCGACUUGGAUUCUCUACCAAUCCACUCCUACUUGCCAUUCAUUCUAAUAUCAUAGCAACUAUGCUAAGCAAAAGUUACCUCUUCCUUCUUGUCUUAAGUAAGGUUUGUGGAGUGCUCAGCACAACCUUAACUGUCCAAAGCUGUCUCUCUUGCAAGAAAAUUGAAGUUCGCAUUGAAUCAACUUCCAACCACUCGAAUGCCAACCACUUCCUUUGUCUUGUGCAUUCUCGUUGCCCAAAGUCUGGUCCUUGCCUUAUCUGGGCAAUUCCAGUGGACCUGAGUGUGCACCAGCUGCCACCACUGAAACGUACGGUGCUCUUCCAGUAA